AUGGCAGGCGGAAAGCUCCUGAUUCUAGGCGCUACAAGCACAACCGGCCAGCUCAUCGUAGCGCGGGCAUUGGAACUAGGUUGGCAAGUCACGACGUACGGGAGACGGACGCUGCCGGAACAUACCGGGAACGUGAACGUUAAGACAAUCGAAGGUGCCCUUGACAAUGAAGCAAACCUUCGUACUGCCAUCAGCGGACAGGACGUGAUUAUUUCCGUCUUUGGCCCUUCGAAACCCGGCGCGCCAACUGAUAUCUUCGUGCCCGCCUACAAGCUUAUCCUCUCGACGAUGAGGAGCGAGGGAGUCAAGCGCAUCAUCGCCCUUAGCACCUUCAGUGUUAUCGACCCCAAGGACAAAUUCAACAUCCUCCGCUGGUUCGCCACCAACGCGCUCUGGGCCAUGGCACACAAGGUCUGGAAAGCCAUUAUCGACAUCUCCAAGGUCUUCGACGAGGAUGGCAAGGACAUUGAUUGGACCCUGUUCCGCGUGGGCUUCUUGGCAAAUGGACCGCCAAUGAAGGCUAUCGACGGCUACAUUGGCGAUGGAAGGAUAGGCAUGUAUUUGAGGCGCGCAGACAUUGCUGACUGGACUCUUUCGCAAGCGGAGAAGUCCCCGCCACAGUUUGUACGGGAGAAACCUGGAAUUUGUUCUGCGAAGCACUGA